AUGGGAUUCACUUUGAUAGUACUUCUGGUAGUUAUCUUUGCACUUCUAGCCUUUAUUAUUCUUUUUGGAGAACUACCGUCUUACCAGGGGACGAUAGUCUCAUAUAGUCAUCAUCUUAUAGUCAAGACUAUCUAUAAUGAAAUCAUUCUGGAUAGAAUACGUGCUUUGGACGAUCGCUACUUCCAGGGAAGUAUUUUGCAUGUUUGUGGUGCCAUCGGAUGGCUUGGUGGCUGGAUAGUGCCAUGCUUCUAUCUUAUUGUCAUAGGAGAAUGCAUCGAUCUCUUCUUUAAGCAUCCUUACAGACAGCUGGUACAUUACCAGGACUCUUGGUCCAACCAGCUCGUUCCUCUCAUUAUUCCUUCUUUAUUGGUGAACUUUGCCUCUUUUGGUCUUGCCGUCUUUGCCGAUCCGGGAAAAUUGCCACCUCAGAAUCUAAUCGACCUUACUAAGAUUAAUUCUAUCUUCCCGUAUGAUGAAUUGAUCUAUGGAUCUGGUACUGAAUGCCGUACAUGCCGUCAAUUGAAGCCGGCAAGGAGCAAACAUUGCUCUAUUUGUGAUAAAUGCAUUUUGAUGUUUGACCAUCACUGUAUUUGGCUCAAUAAUGAUGUUGGCUACUACAAUUAUCGAUAUUUCUUUAUCUUUCUUUGCUCUAUUUGCUGGAUUCUAAUAUAUGGAGGUAUACUGUGUCUUAUCUCUCUACAUGUAUAUCUGAUAAACGAGCAGAUACCUCCAGAGAUAGCUGCAGAGUUUUCCAUUAAAAGGUAUUGGCAUGUUAUCAUUAGAACCAACGUAACAAAUAGAGUUACUGGGGUGCUUCUUUUGCUAUGCACUUUCCUUCUACCCGUUGUGAUUGCCUUCUUGGGUGAACACAUCUGGCUCAUAUACAUAGGUGUCACUACUAACGAGACCGCCAAAUGGGAUUACGUAAAGGACUUGGUGUCCAAUGAUCUACUAUUCAGAAUGGAUACCGUCAACGAUGACCAUACUUACCUCAUUUUGGAAAGACAGGGAAGCUGGAACAGACCGUCAGAGUUCUCCAAACUAAAAGAUGGUACAGAAUGUAGCGACUUUGGAAACUCAGACCUCGUUAAAAUCACUAGCUGGAAAGAUAUGACCAACGUCUACGACCAGGGCUUUGUCAGAAACUUCAAGAUGAGGAUGCUGCCUCAAUCGGUUCUCAAAAAUGUUAAGUAA